AGUGUCCGCCCACAGCACACUCAGCACGGACUGACACACAAUAGAGAGGCCGAGAAUAACACAGGAGAGAGCCCCCGGAACAGGGAGCUGCGAGACAGCCGAGAGAGAGAGAGAGCCAGGGACACCGCGUGGGGCAGUGAGACGCCCCGGAGAGAGGGAGGCACAGUGUGGGGAGCACGGGGUACCCAGAACAGAGCAAUACUGAGCUCCAUACAGAAAGAGACCCGGUUAUAAAUCAGGAAUGGAUGUCUAUAGUCAUCCCGGUAUGGAGACAGAUACCCUUUAAUAUCCGGCACAUGGAGAGAGAGAGAGACACUAUAAUAUCCAGGAUAUGGAGACAGUGACCUGUUUGAUUAAUACAAGGAACAUGCAUAAAUCGAGAUCCACCCAAAAAGUGUGCCUGGGGUAUAGAGACUAUGUAUAGCCAAGUCCUGGGUACUUGAAUCCUACUAAUAUACUCAAAGAGCCCUCUUACAAAGGGACAUUGCUCCUAUCUCAGAUAUAGAGACUAAGACCAUCAGGACAUUGGACACGUUUUCCUACAGGACUGAUAGGUGGGUUUGGGGUAAUUGUCCCGUCAUGUUUGCACCCAAAUGCUGAGUCUCCCUUGUUUAAAUCCCUGUUGGUUUUGGGGCCACAGAGCAGGAUGCUGGAGCCCGCAGGUUUUGCAGAGGCGUGGCGGGCGCAGUUUCCAGAUGCAGAGCCACCCCAUAUGGAGUUGCGCACAGUACGGGAUAUGGAGCAAGAGCUAGAGCGAUGUCGUGCAUCAGUUCGCAGACUGGAACGGGAACUCAAUCGGGAGCGUUUUCGUAUGAUCUAUUUGCAGACCUUGCUGGCCAAAGAACGGAGAGGGUAUGACCGUCAACGCUGGGGCUUUGAGGAACGGCUUCCGGGAGGAGAACGAGUUCCUAGUGUAGAGGAGAGAGCUAGAGGUCCUGGAAAAGAGGAAAAGAGCCCAGAAGAAAGACCAAGGCUUCCAGGGAGAAGGGAACCACCUGUUGGGGCUCCUGAUUUAUCCCCUGGUGAUAUGACACGAGGCCCCCGCCGCUUACUCAGUUUGGUAGAAAGGGAUGGAGUAGAGCCACGCUCAGAUAAACUUAGGAGGGCAUCAUCCCAUCCUGAAGGGAGUCCGGGCCCACGAGGCCCCCAGUCUGUAGAGCCUCGACGUGGUCGAUCUUCAGAUAGCAGCUGUGGGUGGGAUGGAGAGUAUGAGGAAGCAGAGCUGAAUCCACGUUUUCUGCGGGAUAACGUACUACCUGGUCCUGGUGGCCAUUGGGGAGAGGCCUGGCCCCGACGUUCCUUUUCACCACGAAGCUUUGAGGACCUUGGGGGUGGAUACACGCCAGACUGCAGCUCCAAUGAAAAUCUGACAUCCAGCGAAGAGGAACUCUCCUCAGGUCCAUCUGGAAGAGUGUCCCCAAGGGGGCUCUGGGGCCGCUCCCCUCCUUCUCCUGGCAGUGCCAGCCCACCCACCCCUCAGGCACCUGCACGACACUGCCAGCUCAGGGUAUCUGAGGCCGCCAUAGUUGGAGUGCGGAGGAGUGGACAGAUUUGGCCAAGCUGUGCAGAGUCUGUUGGAAGGGAUGGAGGUUACCAUGGUGAUGGAGAUGCUCCCCUCUGCCGGACGCCACCUGGUGGAUCAGAUGAGCACCGGACACAACAUGAACUGAUGCCCUACAUUGAUGAUUCACCUUCCUCCUCUCCACAGCUUAGUGCUAAGAGCCGUGGCAGCAGAGAUACUAUAUCCUCUGGGUCUCUGGAGUCCAGUAAAUCUAAUGAGCUGGACUUGGAGAAGGGCUUGGAGAUGAGAAAAUGGGUGCUAUCUGCAAUUCUGGCCAGCGAAGAGAAGUACCUGAGCCACCUUGAGGCCCUGCUGCUGCCCAUGAAGCCUCUGAAAGCUGCCGCCACUACAUCCCAGCCAGUGCUGACUGUGCAGCAGAUUGAAACCAUCUUCUUCAAGGUUCCUGAGUUGUAUGAAAUUCACAAAGAAUUCUAUGAUGCUUUGUUCCCAAGGGUACAGAAAUGGAGCCACCAACAACGUGUGGGAGACUUAUUUCAGAAACUGGCUAGCCAGCUUGGCGUGUACCGUGCAUUUGUCGACAACUAUGAGGUCGCCAUGGAAAUGGCAGAGAAAUGUUGCCAGGCCAAUGCUCAGUUUGCAGAAAUAUCCGAGAAUCUAAAAGCCAGAAACACGCGAGAAUCUAAGGAAUCAACAGCUAAGACCUCACUGGAGGCAUUGCUGUACAAACCAGUGGAUCGAGUAACACGCAGUACAUUGGUUCUUCAUGACCUGCUGAAGCACACACCAAUUGGACAUCCAGACCACUCUUUACUGCAAGAUGCUCUUCGAAUUUCUCAGAACUUCCUCUCCAGCAUUAAUGAGGAAAUCACUCCUCGCCGGCAAUCUAUGACUGUACGGAAAGGAGAACAUCGCCAACUCUUAAAGGAUAGUUUCAUGGUGGAACUGGUUGAAGGUACUCGGAAGUUACGUCAUGUCUUCCUUUUCACAGAUCUGUUUCUGUGUGCCAAGCUGAAAAAGCAGAUAGGAGGGAAAAGCCAGCAGUAUGAUUGCAAGUGGUACAUCCCUCUCACUGACCUAAACUUCCAGCCCGUGGAUGAGACGGAAACCACUAACAUCCCUCUUAUCCCAGACGAAGAGCUGGAAGCCAUCAAAGUUAAGAUAUCCCAACUAAAGAGUGACAUUCAGAGGGAGAAGAAAGCUAAUAAGGGAGGGAAGGGUAUGGAACGUCUGCGCAAGAAACUGUCAGAACAGGAAUCGGUGUUACUUCUCCUGUCGCCCAGCAUGGCCUUCAGAGUGCAGAACCGCAAUGGCAAGGGUUAUAUAUUUCUUACAUGGUCAGAUUAUGAACGAGCAGAGUGGGGGGAACACAUCCGAGAACAGCAGAAGAAAUGUUUUAAAAGUUUCUCUCUGACCUCGCUGGAAAUCCAAAUGCUAACAAACUCCUGUGUGAAAUUACAGACGGUACACAGAGUCCCCUUUACUAUCAGCAAAGAAGAUGAUGAAUCUUCUGGACUCUACGGGUUUCUAAAUGUGAUUGUACACUCAGCUACUGGAUUCCAGCAAAGUUCAAAUUUGUUCUGCACACUGGAGGUGGAUUCUUUUGGUUAUUUUGUUAACAAGGCGAAAACACGUGUAUAUCGUAACACUACUGAGCCCAGCUGGAAUGAGGAGUUUGAGAUUGAGUUAGAGGGUUCCCAGACUCUCCGCAUCCUCUGCUAUGAGAAGAGCUACAACAAGAAUCGACUCAUCCGAGAGGACGGAGGGGAAAGCAGUGAGCGCAUGGUGGCAAAGGGACAAGUGCAGCUUGAGCCUCAACCUGUCUUGGGGAAGGAUUGGCAGCGCUCCGUUGUGUCCAUGAAUGGGAUUGAGGUCAAGCUGUCACUGAAGUUCACAAGUCGCGAGUUCAGUCUGAAGCGUCUCCCAUCGCGUAAACAGACAGGAGUCUUUGGAGUUAAAAUCAGCGUUGUCACCAAAAGGGAGCGUUCUAAAGUUCCGUACAUUGUGCGUCAGUGUGUGGAGGAAAUUGAGCGUCGUGGUAUGGAGGAAGUUGGUAUUUACCGGGUAUCUGGAGUGGCCACUGACAUUCAAGCUCUGAAGAAUGCCUUUGAUUCAAAUAAUAAGGAUGUAUCUGUCAUGAUGAGUGAGAUGGACGUCAAUGCUAUUGCUGGGACUCUGAAGCUGUAUUUUCGGGAGCUUCCUGCCCCUUUGUUCACAGAUGAACUAUACCCCAACUUUGCAGAGGGAAUUGCUCUGUCUGACCCGGUAGCCAAGGAGAGCUGUAUGUUGAACUUGCUGCUGUCUCUGCCAGAGCCCAAUCUGCUCACCUUUAUCUUUUUACUUGACCACCUCAAGAGGGUGGCAGAGAAGGAGAGUCAGAACAAGAUGUCAUUGCACAACUUGGCAACAGUAUUUGGUCCCACUUUGCUCCGGCCUUCUGAGAAGGACAGUAAGAUCCCAACCAAUCCCACUCAGCCAAUCAGCAUGGCUGACAGCUGGAGUUUGGAAGUGAUGUCACAGGUGCAAGUACUCUUGUACUUUCUUCAGUUAGACACUAUCCCCACUCCAGACAGCAAGCGUCAGAGCAUUCUCUUCUCCACUGAGGUGUAACCAUCAACAUCCUCUCUGGGGGUUAUUCUGCUCAACUCCAUGAAUUCUGCCUCAGUUGGUGGAAUGUGACACAUGGAGCACCUAUACCUUGCAUUUUCAGGGUGAUAUAGUCUUAAAAAGGGCUCUUUGGUGUGUCUGGCCCAGUACUAGAUCAUGACUGAAGGGGAGUGCUUUUUAAUUUAUUUAUUUAUUAGCUAGUAAUUAAUUUGUAUAGCAGCUGCAGGUCCGUGGACGUCUCUUUUUUGGGAUCCGGACCCUAGGUAACUGCAGUAAAAUGUUCACAUGUCAGUAUCUUGUCAGGGACCAAAACAUUAUAUAUUAAUGCAGGUAGCUUUGUGAGGGUAUGUAUAGCUACUUGUACUUCCCAUGCUGGAACUUUCUAGAGGUCACUAUGUUUAAAGUCUCAGGAUAGACAUUUUUAAUAUUUAUCUAACUGAGCUUAACAUUCCAAGAUUUGCAAUUCUCAUGCAAGUUUAUUUAAACCACACAGUCUAUGUAUCGCGAGUAGAUGUGGUAGGUGCAGAAUGGCUGACUCUACACUAUUACAGCGCACAGUCUGGCUUUUUUUUUGCACAGUGUUAAAGAAAAAAGUUAAAGACAAAAAAAAAAAAAAAAAAAUGAAGGGAGGUAUUUUUAUGAGGGAACAAAACUAGAAUACUUUUUCUUGUUAGCUCCCAUAUAUAGCAAUGCAAAUAAAUAAAAACUGCACAAUCUAUUUUAGUCAUUAAUGUAUGACAGUCAAACUGAAGUACCCUGCUAAUCUAUCAUUGUUGGACACACCAUAUGAGCAGAGUGAAUUCAUAGUGUACUGGUUUCCCACCGUCCUUUGCCAUGUUCCCCUAUGACAGAAGACAAUUCACAACUAAAAUGCCUAAUUUAAACUCAUUCGCACACAUAGCCUGUUCUGUUAUAAAGAAAAGAAAAAGGAAAAAGAUUUUAGCCAUUGCAUUUCUUCACUUAGCCACUAGAUGUCAGGUGGGUGGCUGACUUUAGUUGGCCAUCAUACUAGUGCGGAGAAUUUUCAAGAGCAGUUGUAGUGACAACGGCUCUCAAUCUGAUUUUAUUGUAAGGAGCCAUUUAAAAAGAAAAAAAGAAAUAAUCUAUUCAGUGGUCACUUACCUGCUUUGAAAAAUUAUCUUGCCUGUUGCAGGUGUCCUUAAUCAAUUUCAAAUAUAAAAUCUCACUAUCAGACAGGGAAGCGAUGCAUUUGUCUGAUCAACUAUGAUAAUAAAGGCAAAGGGAGAAAAGAGUUAGAAAACUAAAUGAUACGUAAAAUUAACUUAAAAAAAAAAGGUGCUGUAAUAUGUGGUGUAAACCGAUCUAAUCUAAGUGAUCUCCUUAAUAUAUAUAUUACUGUACCAGAAAUAUAAUCAUUUACUUAAUAUCACGUAAGAUAGCAGUUCACUGUAGCCUUGUAUUGUUCCAUGUCUGGAUAUAUAAGAUAGGAUUGCAGCUGCAUUCAUAAAAAUGAAUCGUGGCAGGGAAGCCUACACCUAGAUUUUUUUUUAGAGGGAAAGGUUUUUUUUAUUUUUUUUUAUUUUAUUGGACUAGUUGAUUGACCUAGCUGCACUGAAAAUGGAAUUCUAGCCAAUUGGCUUACCAUGCGAUCGUUUAAGGUAUUUAUGUAAUAGUUUGUAGAAUUUGUUGUCUGUGGUAUUGGCAUGAUGUUUAAAAAGGGUUAUAUGUUUCAAAGGAUGUAGCCCUUUCUAUUACAGAACUUAUCAGAUUCAAGUUUUAUAAUGGAAAAAAAUGUAGGCAUUAUUUACUAAAUUUUAAAUACAAGUUAUUGCAUUCAUUCAGUUUACCAAAAAAUAAUCCUCUUAUGCCUUCUGUUCCAACUGACCCUCUCCUGUUGGACCAUCACUCUUACUAGCUAUCCCUGCAUAUGCAGAGAUAUUUGCACUCUGUCAUUAAAAUGGUAUAGUCUCACUGAUGCCAUAGAUUUUGUGACUCCACAACAGUGGUGGAGAGCUUCUGACCAUAAUUACAACCCACCCUCUCAAACACUGCAAGGAGAUCUAAAGCCAUAACAAUUAGUUAUUGACUUUUUAUAAAGAUUUUAAUUCCUGGAGAGACUUGUGACUUGGGCCACGCCAGACUCUGCACAUGGAGCUGGUCUCUGUGUUCAGGUGCAAUACAUAUUGGGGGGGAAAAAGGGAUACCGUAUAUGGCCAGAAACAUGGACUUCCUCUUCCCAUCAUGCUCAUCUGAUAGGACAAGUUCUGUAUUUUAUCUGUGGAAUUGUUAAGGGGUCAUUGAAAUCCACAAUGUGCCAUGAUGCAGUUAUGCUGCUGAGCAUACAAGUUGCAGUAUGCCGUAAACCAUGCAAUGCUAUUUGGAACCUAAAUCAUCAUGUACAAGUGAUCUUAUCACACAGCCUUGAAAAUUGGACUAUUGAAGACAUCUGUUUUUUAUGUAGAACGUGCACAAUUGUAACAUUCUCUGUUCUUCUACUAGUGUCUUCAACUCUUGGCAGUUCUUAUUAUUGCCCGACUGUUGGUAACGUCCUUGGUGCCAGUAUGUAAUACAAAUAUUCAUAGAAUACUGAGGGUUAAAUGAAAGGUUUGAAAGUAUAUUUAAAGUCUGUUGAAUAUGUUUUGAUCAGGUAAACUUACCAGAGAAUAAAUACUACAAAAAAAAACAAA